CAGACAGGGAGGAGAGGAGGAGACUGUGGGAUCAGUGAAGCUGCGGAAUAGCAGAGGGGGGAGAAGCGCUGCACACACGGUAACGUUUGUUCUGUACAGCUGCCGGCCACAGGUCUAGGGAGUCUGUUUCUGUGCUGCACACAUUUGCCAGGAUGAAUCCCACUUUCUUCUACUUCCUGCCGUCCCUUCUGCUGAUUGGAAUUGUAUUCCGUGGGCUUGGGGAAGCUUAUGAAAAUAAGCCUUUGGCCUGUGUAUUGGUGGAAGAGAUUGGGGGAGGAGGUAGUUCUAUCCCUCGCACUAUCCGUCAGACUCCUGUUGAACUAUAUCUGAUGGAUCCCUUGAACCUCAUUCCUGAAGCUCCUAUAACUUCUAGUCCUGAAACUUUGCACUUACAUGUGAUUGACCCUUCUGGCAAGCUACUAUCUCCAAGGCUCUCAUCAUGUGAAGUGACAUAUCUGUUGCCCCAGGAGGUUCCACUGGCUUGGGUGCGCUCACUUACAGAGGAGAAACGUAGCCCUCGAGCUCUUGGGCACCCUUGGUAUAGUUUAUCUGUAAAGGAUGACUCAGAUGGAAACACUGUGAGUGCUGUGCUGGGUCCACAGGGAGAAAAAGAUGACCAGCUGACAGUUUUUCUUGCAGUGUAUUCCCCAUCCGCAACCCUAUAUGCCCGUCUUGGUGACCCACUGGCUGUGCCUUGUGGUUUCUGGCGAGGGCAACAAUCUCGUUUUGCAGUUGAAUGGCGGCACCGUGCACUCGGAGAUGGAAGCGUGUUGUAUGCUUAUGAUGGGAGACUGGAUCGAAUUGAAGAGAUAUUCCAAGGCUGUGAGAUGAACUUCUCCACUUUGCAUUCUCAUGGGAAUGCAUCACUGUUAGUGGACAAAGUAGCUGUGUCAGACCAUGGCACCUUCCUCUGUACAAUAUACUUGCCCUAUAUAAGGGCACAAAGGGAUAUGCAGCUGGAAGUCACAGCCCUGCCUGUGGUCACUUUCCUACCUGACCCUCUCUUUGCUCGACCUGGUGAAGAAAUUACUCUCUCUUGCGAGGUUUCUCGUUUUCACCCACUGGAAAUCUCAGUCGAUCUCCUAGUUCGUCUUCCAGGGGAUUCCCAAUUCUCUGUUCUUCCUGGAGUAUCCUUGUCCACUCACACACUCAACAAGGAUGGCACUUUUAGCCUCACAGCAAGCCUGAGCAUCACUGCCAGUCCCGAACGCCAUGGAGCUCGUUACUUCUGCAAAGUUCGCCACGUCAGUGCCCCAGAAGGAAUAACACGUUCAAACACCCUCCAAGUUGCAGGGGUUGCAGGAUUAUCUCUUGAAGAUGGCAUGUACCUGUUUGCUGUGGCAUUAGCUCUAUAUGGAUCCCUUUCCUUUCUGCACAGAAAAUUUAAGCUGUUUUUUGGAACCCAUGAGAGUAAAAAGGACGAAUAAAUCAAGCAACAGAAGACAUGAAGAGAGUGUGUGUGUGUGUGUGUGUGUGUGCGUGCGCGCACAAGUAUUUCUUGGGCUGUGUGCAAGUGUCCCUUAGCGGUAUGUAUGUAUGAGACAGUACAGCAGAAUAUGUGCAGUUUGUAGGUGAGAGACAUUUGGGCAGUGUAUGUGUGGGGUGUAGACAUUUGGGCAGUGUGUGUGUGAGAGAAACAGUUGGACAAAUUUCUGUAAUUUGGGCAAUGUGCGUGUGAGAACUAAAUGGGUAAAAUGUGUAGGAGAUAUUUGGGCAGCCUA